CAAUACGUUGGUCAUGUGACCCAUACCCGGAAGUGAUUCAAUCGGUAUCAAAACAAGCGGUAAAACCUCCUAAACGGACAUGGUUCGUUGUUUUAUCAUUCACACCGUGUGUCCCAUAAAUGCCCUUGCUCCAGGGGAGAGCAGGGUGCUCUACUCCCGCGUCUUCGGACCGGACGAGGCAGUCUUUCAUGGCGGGCAGCAGCGGCAGCUCACCCCGCAGGAGAGGCGACUUCUCUCCGCCGAGAAGGUCUCCGUGGUGGCGCGGCAGGUCCACAGCGCCGUCUCCAUGUGCCGGGACGCCUCUGGGCGUCCUUUGAUGGAGACGCUGCCCGGCGAGGAGACAUUGGCUCUACAGGACGCUGACAGCGGCGUGGUCCGGCUCCGGUCUGGAGACCCCUUCUCCGAGGAGACGAGUGUGCUGUGGAUGGCUGUGCAGAGUUUGGGCUUCGUGUUGGUGUGCGAGCCUCACGAGAACCUCCUUCUGGCGGAGGGAACCCUGCGGAACCUGACCAGACAGUGCUUGGAGCACCUGCACAUGCUGGGCCAAGGCAGCGAGGUUUUGCUGAAGAGCAACCGCAUCGACGUUCUCCUCAGCCGCCUGCUUCCUCACGGCCAGCUCCUCUUCCUCAACCACCGCUUUGCUCAGAGUCUGGAGAAGGAUGUGGCGGCCUACAUGAACAAGUGAGCACGGGGGUUAGCGCCGCCAUGUUGGACCACUGUCAGACUCCUUGCUGGCUUGCGUGGCAGGCCACAAAGCUGCACGCCCUCAGUGUUGAUUGGCCGGGACUUCUAAUCCACACGUAUUUAUGACUCAAUGUACGUUCUACGUGACGGAUUAAAGAUGGAGCAACACAGGAGAUGAAAGUGUAACAAUGCAGUUUUCAUAUGUAACUGUGGACCUUGGUCACAGCACUGAAACAGUAGCGAGAGCAGGUUUGUCGGCCAACAGAUCGUUUUUUUUAAUUGGCCCGCCAUGCAUUCUACGGACAAAAUAAACGGUUCCCAGAUUGGAACAGCACACACACACAAAAAAAGGCCCAAAAUCCCCAGAAAAAUGGCACCUGAAAACCAAAAUGGCCAACAACCUUGUUUGUCUUACUGUAUAUGGUCUUUGAUGAUUUCUGUGCGUCCUGUCAUGAUGAAUAUGUCUGCACAUUUUUUUGCAAAAUAUGCUAAGUUUUCAAGUGUGUUAAAGCCUUUGACAUUUUUUUUUGUCUGAGGAAUGAUAAUACCGUAAAUUCCGGACUAUAAGCCGCUACUUUUUUCCUAAACUUUGAACCCUGCGGUUUAUAAGACAGAGCGGCUAGUUUAUUAAUUUUUCUUAACUAACGGCAAUAAUACAAAUCAUUUUUAUAAAAAAAACAAAAACACAAGCAGGAAUAUUUUUUUUAUUGUUUAUAGUAUGGCACCAUCUUUUGGAUGAAUUAGCUCACUGUAAAGCAUGGUGUACUUCCAUUAAUGGGUAGUGCGUUUUCCUUUUUUCUUUUUCAACCGGCGUGCCAUUCAGUCUUCUAGCCGUCCAUAGCGUUUUUACUCAUAUGAAUUCUUUAUUCAUCACUCCAAUCAAGGUUUGAAAGUUUUACAAUAUAACUACAACUGUUUAUAUAGUUACUAAACCGUCCCAUGUGUGAUGUCUGUAGGAGUGUUUUCAUGCACAUUUGUAGGUGCUAUCGUAAUGUAAUGACACUAGCGUCGUUAGCAUUAGCUAAUAUGCUAACACGUUUGCGAGUGUCUGUGUUAGUAUUAUUAACUUACAAUGACAUUCUUUUUCUAUCGUUUCACAAAUUCCUCAGUAAAUUCACCAAAAUGUCACCGUGGAGUUGGAGAGUUAGCUUCCGCAGCUAGCGGGUCUAUGACGAUGACUUCUGUUUUGUUUGAUCAGCUGUUUUACUGCCGUGUUAUAGAAAAUUUCAGUAUGAAAAUAAAGAUUUACAGAAUCUUUU